UGUGUCACGCCGAGGCCAGGGGUACCAGGCUGUACCUGCAGGGCAUCAGGGGUCACCGCCCCCCUUCCCUCCACAGCCGCAGCCAGCCUACGUCACGGCCCCGCCCUCAGCCACCCACCGUGUUCCCGGUCGCCGCCCGCGCGCGGGCAUUUUCGUUGCCUACGCCCCAAAGCGCCCAAACACGCAAAGUCCGCACUGCGCGUGCAUGUGCGUGAGAGAGCCAGAGAUUAAUAACUGCAGGACAGAGCCCGGCCGAGCAGGUGUGGCUCGAGCCUCGCGCCCCUCCUCAGCCGCCCUGGGGCUCUCCGGGUCACGUCCCCCUCCUUCCCGGGCCCGCGGGGGUGUUGGCCACCGGAGCGGCCCGCGGCAGUCACCAGCGGGCUGGCCAGUGUUCUCGACCACGACUCUCCGCGACCGAUUUCCGGCGAUCCGUCCGGACGCAAGCACACAGCGAGUGGCCGUGUCUCAAGUCUGAAUUAAUAAGGUUCUAAACCGCGGGAAAGGAAAAAAAAGUGGGAAAUGGUGGCGCUGCCUCCUGUGAUGGUGAAGUCGCCCGCCUGUGUGCUCGAACAGCUGUAGAGUGUUCUAGAAUGACGGGUGUUACACGUGUAAAGUGUGGUCGUGCUGACGAGGGGAGCCGCCGCCGCCGUGGAGGCGUGGAGCAGGUCGUCGUCACCUCGUGCGGGUAACAGAGCGAGCAGAGUGACCGGAGAGAGCCAAGAGUCGCAGCCAACUGAGGCUCGGACUCGAAGUCUCCUGACGCAGGAGCGGCGCGGCGCCCUUAGCGAGGAGGACCGCAGGCCUCCCCGCCGCCGCCAUCCUGCACGAGAGCCAUGACAGUAUCCUACCAGUAUGAAGUGGCCUCCUCCACCUCGGGCGGGUUCACGCGCCUGCUCUUCAAGUGGAAGGGUUCCCUGUACAAGCUGGUGUACAGGGAACUGUUCGUCUUCUGCCUCGUGUAUGGGGUCAUGAGCUGUGUCUACCGCUACUUCUUCAACACCACGCAGAAGAGAUCCUUCGAGAAGGUGGUGAUGUACUGCGACACCUACAUGAACUACAUCCCCCUCUCCUUCAUCUUGGGCUUCUACGUGUCCUUCGUAGCGUCCCGAUGGUGGCAACAGUACAUGGCCAUCCCUUGGCCGGACAAAAUCAUCCACGCCAUCGCCCUGCACGUGGUCGGCUACGAUGAGAAGGGCCGAAUGAUGCGUCGGGCGCUGGUGCGGUACCUCAACCUCAGCCUCGUGCUCAUCCUCAGGUCCAUCUCGUCGGCAGUCAAGAAGCGGUUCCCAACGCUGGAGCAUCUGGUGGAAGCAGGUUUCAUAACCUCGACGGAGCUUGGGAUCUACAACCUGGUCCCCAACACGGAAUUCAACACCUACUGGAUCCCCUGCACGUGGUUCACGGCUCUCCUCAAGGACGCCAAGGCUCAGAAGAGGAUUACGGAUCCAUUAGGGAUCAAGCAUAUAAUGGAGGAAUUCAAUGAGUUCAGGCAAAAAUGCGGAUUUCUGGAGCUAAUGACUGAGUGUGUCAAUCCCUCUAGUGUACACUCAGGUUUCGAAUAUCGAGCAAAUGUGGAAUGCUCUGGUGUUACGAUUGGUGAUGCAUCCCGCUGGUGUACACGCAGCUCCUUCCGUCGUAACCUCCUGAACGUCAUCACUCAUUGUGCUGUUGAGUCUGUGGUAGAGUUUGUCGUGGGCUUACUGUCUGUAAACACACUCUGUUUAUAUAUGACUAUGUUCGACCGUGUUGUAACUCGCUAA